AUGCACGAAGUUCGAAAGGCUCUCGCAAUAGCCCAGCAAGCCUACAAUACAACACAAUCCGAAUUACGCGUCCUCAAGAGACAAUACCUUACGCUAUCUGCUGGGAUUCCUGCUCGUAGCCACAACCGCGUGUUCAAGAAAACGUCUCCGCUAGACUCCGGUAUCAGCCAUCAAGGUCAGCGAUACGCAUUGUACUGUCACUUCUGGGUCGCAAACGACCUGUUCCCGACAAUGCCUCAACCUGGUAUUGAUUCACACAGUGCUACUCGCUGGACUUCUCCCGAGGAAAAACUCAAAGGUGCAAUGGCUGAACUUUACUCGUUCAUACCCAAAGACCCGCACCAAUCAAUGGAGACCUACUCUCGGUUUUCAUCCUUAUUUCGUGCUGCAGUCAGCUCCGAGAGGUCGAAUAUCCUGCACAGCAUCAAGGACUGCGCAGGGAUCAUUGUCUCUUCUUUCAAGCUCGAUCCCAGUCUUUUUGCCGACAAACCAUCAAAGAAGGAACACAACAAAGGCCUCCUUGGCUUACUGAAGAAGAAUGGCGAGGGCGGCUUCAUCCAUCUGGCACCUGUAUUAUUUGCAAAGCCCAAUGCCAUGGCAGCUGACGAGUUUCUUAAGUCUAUGGUCCUCGUCAAAAUUGUCGGCGUUGAAGUCUUUGGGAAGGCAAUACUUGGUGGAAAGGCCCGGGGGCAUCCAAAAGGCAGAGGUCUGCACAUGGGCGCACAGAGUGUCUCAGAGGGUAUGAUUGCAGGUGCAGCUAUCUUGGCACGUUUCUUAUUGACUCAUGACACCGAACUUACUGCGAUUGGGGCCGAGACCAAAAUCGACUACCAGAAAGACUUCGAUUUCUACUUGGAACGCCUACUCAAAGGCACACCAUGGGCGAUUAGCAUGAUGGAGUAUUUCAACAAAGAAGUCUUCAAUACUACUGCAGCACCUAGUGCACCUACAUCUACUGUGGUGCCUGCCGCUGCACCUCGCACUUGGGAGGAUGAUUUCUUACAGGAACUCGACAACAUUGACUCUGUCCCCCACAAUGCUUCGCCAUCUCAUUCUAGUGCACAUGCACCCUCUCCUGCCCUUUCUGCCCUUUCCACUGUCUCCACUUCGACACCUGCAAUCCCUGCUGUCGUCCAUGAUGACCAUCCCACCUCAACCACCAUGAACUUCACUUCGUCAACUCAGAUGUCUGUUAGUCAGAUGCGUGUUACAUCCGCUUCGAUGAAGGAUCUUCAACUCAGCUGA